UUUGGCUGUGAGUGUUGAUUCUGUUCACUUCUUGACCAGACUUUUCUCUCACAGCUUGAAUAUGCGGAUAUAAAGCUCAAGUGGAACUAAAAUACUCUUCUAGUCUUUCAUUGUACGUUGAGGGAAUAACUUUGAGUGUUAGUUGAGUCCUCAAAGGAGGAAGGAGCGUGUGUGUUGUAAUUUGUUAAAAAAAAGAGAAGAAUCCGAGAAGAAUGGCACAGGAAAAUCAUUUAAAUGAAACGCUUCAAAUGACCACAACUGUGAGUAUUGGUGAAGCACCACAAAAUCCUGAUCCUGCUGCAGCAGCAAAGAAGAAGAAACGUGUCGACAUCACAUAUGGGAUUGAUGAUAUUCCUCCGUGGUAUUUGUGCCUCUUCCUCGCCAUUCAGCACUACAUGACCAUGAUUGGUGCCAUUGUCUCCAUUCCCUUCAUCCUCACUCCUGCUCUGUGCAUGGAGGAUGAAAAUCCAGCAAGAGGAGUAAUUAUUUCCACCAUGAUCUUCGUCACGGGAUUGGUAACGUGGUUUCAGGCAACCUGGGGCUGUCGAUUGCCAAUUGUUCAAGGGGGAACAAUUUCCUUCCUUGUCCCAACACUGGCAAUCCUCCAUCUACCUCAAUGGCAAUGCCCGGAUAAAGAGGCAAUGGGAGCGAUGUCCUUUGAUGAAAAGGAAGAGCUGUGGCAAGUUAGAAUGCGGGAACUUUCAGGGGCUAUAGCUGUGGCUGCCCUCGUUCAAGUCUUCAUUGGGUAUACUGGAUUCGUGGAGCGCCUCAUUAAGAUCAUCACUCCUCUUACAAUUGUACCAACUGUUGGUCUUGUAGGAUUAACACUGUUUGAGCAUGCAGCUGCUACGGCUUCAAAGCACUGGGGGAUUUCUGUGGGAACAACAGCUAUGCUCACAUUGUUCUCCCAGGUGAUGGUUAAUGUGAACGUUCCUGUGGUGAAGUACAGAAAAGGACAUGGCCUGGAGACGCAACCUUUUGCACUCUUCAAACUCUUUCCCGUUCUCCUGACUAUUGCCAUAAUGUGGGGUCUCUGUGGGCUCCUCACACUGUUUGAUGUCUUCGAACCAGGAAAUCAAGCACGCACGGAUGCGCGACUUUUAGUCCUCACAGACGCUUCGUGGUUCCGCAUCCCAUAUCCAGGACAAUUUGGCGUUCCCACGGUCACACUUGCAGGGGUUCUGGGGAUGCUGGCUGGUGUACUGGCUUGCACAGUGGAAUCAGUGAGCUACUACCCGACUGUGUCGCGAAUGUGUGGUGCUAAGUGCAUUCCAGCACAUGCCCUAAAUCGUGGGAUUGGCGUUGAAGGAUUGGGUACAAUGCUUGCGGGUCUCUGGGGUAGUGGAAAUGGAACAAAUACCUUUGGGGAGAACGUUGGGGCCAUUGGAAUUACCAAAGUUGGCAGUCGUCGUGUUAUUCAGUGGGCAGCGGGGAUUAUGAUAGUUCAGGGAGUUGUGAGUAAAUUCGGAGCUGUCUUCAUGAUGAUCCCAGAUCCUGUAGUAGGGGGAAUUUUCUGCGUUAUGUUCGGCAUGAUUUGUGCCUUUGGCUUGGGUGCCCUGCAGUACGUUGAUCUCCAGUCAGCGAGGAAUCUCUACAUUCUCGGGGUUUCGCUCUUCUUCCCCAUGGUGCUGUGUUUGUGGCUCCAAAAGCAUCCGGGAGCUAUUUCAACGGGCAAUGAAACAGUUGAUUCAACACUUUCGGUUCUUUUGGGUACAACAAUUCUCGUGGGGGGAGCCAUAGGGUGCCUUCUGGAUCACAUUAUUCCGGGAACAAGAGAAGAGCGAGGCUUAGUAGCGUGGGAAAAGGAAAUUGAAUCUUUUUCGGAUGAUACGCAGGAAGGAGAGACAGAAACUUCAACCUAUUCAACUUAUGAUUUCCCAUUUGGGAUGAAUCUCUUGAGACGAUGGCGAUGGACGUCAAAGAUACCUUUUCUACCUACUUAUAAAUCCCCCGCCAAGAAGAAUUGAAGUUCUUCUUUGCAUUAGGAACCAUCUAUGUAUUGAUUUGUGGAAGAAAUUUUAAGAGAAAAUUCACGAAACCAAUAAAAUAUGAAUUUAAAGGCGUUUUGUUUGAAUCAGAAAAGUUCCUUAAGAAUUUUGUCUGUGAUUUCCAGCAUUAAUUUGCAAUUCAAAUUAAUUCUAGACUCAAUAAAAUAUCAUUAAAUGGUUUAAA